CUCCGUGGCCGUUGUGCGGGCCUGGCUGCAGGUGCUCACAAUGCGGGUUCCCGCCCGGGGACUGGAGCCGGCGCGUUGCCAUGACAGCGGCCGGCGUGGCGCGCUCCCAGGCCGGCCGCCCCCGGUCUCCGAGCGCACCCCCCCCCCUCCCGCCCCGGCUGUGGGAAGGGGCCGGGCCAGCUGCCUGACGUCUGUGCGGGGCUCAGAAGAUGGCUGCGGAGCCGAGCACCGGGCAGUGGCUGCGGCGGCGGCGGCGGGCGGGGAGCGCAGCGGACGGGGGCUCCGCUUUGCGCGUGGGGCGCUGAGCCGAGGGGCGCGGAGGCGGCGAGGGCGCGAGGCGGGUUUGGGGGAGCGCUCGACGCGGCCUCUCCGCCAGCCGCAGCACCAUGGGCAGCGCGGAGGACGCACUCAAAGAGAAACUGCUGUGGAACGUGAAAAAGGAGGUGAAGCAAAUCAUGGAGGAGGCUGUCACCAGGAAGUUUGUGCAUGAAGAUAGCAGCCACAUCAUUGCUCUGUGUGGUGCGGUGGAGGCUUGCCUCCUGCAUCAGCUGAGACGCCGUGCCGCCGGCUUCCUGCGCAGUGACAAGGUGGCAGCUCUGUUCACCAAGGUGGGGAAGACGUGCCCAGUGGCUGGGGAGAUUUGCCACAAGGUACAGGAGCUGCAGCAACAAGUAGAGGGCAGGAAACCCUUGGUGGGUAACCAGGAGGCCCUGCGGAGACAGGGCUCUACCGGUGGGAAGGCCCCAGCCCUCAGCCCGCAGGCCUUGAAACACAUAUGGGUCCGCACAGCGCUCAUCGAGAAGGUGCUGGACAGGGUCGUGCAGUACCUGGUGGAGAACUGCAGCAAGUACUACGAGAAGGAGGCAUUACUGGCAGACCCCGUGUUUGGCCCCAUCUUGGCCUCUCUUCUAGUGGGACCCUGUGCUUUGGAGUAUACCAAGCUCAAGACAGCCGAUCACUACUGGACCGACCCUUCUGCUGAUGAGCUGGUCCAGAGGCACCGUAUCCGCGGUCCCCCUAAUCGCCAGGACUCCCCUGCGAAGCGCCCAGCCCUAGGAAUCCGGAAGCGGCACUCGAGCGGCAGCUCAUCGGAGGACAGGCUCGCUGCCUGCGCCCGAGAGUAUGUGGAAUCCCUGCACCAGAACUCCAGGACGCGGCUGCUCUAUGGCAAGAACAACGUGCUGGUGCAGCCGAAGGAGGACAUGGAGGCCGUCCCCGGCUACCUCUCCCUGCACCAGUCUGCAGAGAGCCUAACUCUGAAGUGGACUCCCAACCAGCUCAUGAAUGGGACUCUGGGGGACUCCGAGCUGGAAAAGAGCGUUUACUGGGACUAUGCCCUGCUUGUGCCCUUCAGUCAGAUUGUCUGCAUCCACUGCCACCAGCAAAAGAACGGUGGCACACUGGUCCUGGUGAGCCAGGAUGGCAUCCAGAAGCCACCGCUGCACUUCCCGCAGGGGGGACACCUACUCUCCUUUCUGUCCUGCCUGGAGAAUGGGCUUCUGCCUCGGGGACAGCUGGAGCCCCCACUCUGGACCCAGCAGGGGAAGGGGAAGGUGUUCCCCAAGCUACGGAAACGUGGCAGCACGCGGUCCGUAGAGGUGGACGAGAUGGGCACAGGCUGGGCCACAGACUACGUGUUCCGGAUCAUUUACCCUGGUCACAGGCACGAGCACAUCACUAUUAACUACCACCACCUAGCGGCCAGCCGCGCGGCCUCGGUGGACGAUGAUGAGGAAGAGGAGGAUAAACUACACGCGAUGCUCUCAAUGAUCUGCUCGCGGAACCUCACAGCUCCCAAUCCGAUGAAAGAUGCUGGUGACAUGAUCGAGAUGCAGGGCUUUGGGCCCAGCCUGCCAGCCUGGCACCUAGAUCCCAUGUGUAGCCAGGGCUCCUCCUGCUUCUCCUGCUCCUCCAGUAGCUCCCCAUAUGCAACUCCCAACCUCUGCAGCUGUGUCCCCGACCGGUUGCCCCUCAGGCUACUGUGUGAGAGCAUGAAGAGGCAGAUCGUGUCCCGGGCCUUCUACGGCUGGCUGGCAUACUGCCGCCACCUGUCCACGGUUCGGACCCACCUGUCAGCGCUGGUGCAUCACAACAUCAUCCCGCCCGCCCGCCCCCCAGGGGCCUCAGGGGGCCUCACCAAGGACGUGUGGAGCAAGUAUCAGAAGGAUGAAAAGAACUACAAGGAGCUGGAGCUGCUGCGGCAGGUUUACUACGGAGGCGUGGAGCACGAGAUCCGCAAGGACGUCUGGCCCUUUCUGCUUGGCCACUACAAGUUUGGCACGAGCAAGAAGGAGAUGGAGCAGGUGGACGCAGUGGUGGCAGCGAGGUACCAGCGGGUGUUGGCGGAGUGGAAGGCCUGCGAGGUGGUGGUGAGGCAGCGGGAGCGGGAGGCGCACCCAGCCACACUCACCAAGUUCUCCUCGGGCAGCAGCAUCGACAGCCACGUGCAGCGCCUCAUCCACCGAGACUCCACCAUUAGCAAUGACGUGUUUAUCUCUGUGGAUGACCUGGAGCCCCCGAAGCCCCCAGGCACUGAGGAUUGCAGACCAGAGCCCGAGGAGGCACCGGGAGCAGGGCCCCUGGGCACGGCCGUGGUGGAGCAGCAGCAGUCAGUGGAGUUUGACUCUCCAGACUCAGGACUGCCUUCCUCUCGCAAUUAUUCCGUGGCCUCAGGCAUCCAGUCGAGCAUAGAUGAGGGGCCGAGUGUGGGCUUCGAGGAGGACUGCGGUGGGGAGGAAGGCUCCGACAGGCCGGAACCUGCAGUCCACGCUUUCUCCGAGCCCCAAGAUCCCAGCCAGGAGAAGGCCUCUCGGGCCAGCGCGCUGGAGGCAGGAGAGGAGCUUGCGGCUGUGUGCGCUGCUGCCUACACUAUAGAACUAUUGGACACCGUGGCCUUAAAUCUGCACCGCAUAGACAAGGAUGUGCAGCGAUGUGACCGCAACUACUGGUACUUCACACCCCCCAACCUCGAGAGGCUCAGAGACAUCAUGUGCAGCUACGUGUGGGAACACCUGGACGUGGGCUACGUGCAGGGCAUGUGUGAUCUGCUGGCUCCACUCCUCGUCAUCCUUGAUAAUGAUCAGCUGACCUACAGCUGUUUCAGCCACCUCAUGAAGAGGAUGAGCCAGAACUUCCCCAAUGGGGGCGCCAUGGACACCCACUUUGCUAACAUGCGCUCCCUCAUCCAGAUCCUGGACUCAGAGCUGUUUGAACUGAUGCAUCAGAAUGGAGACUACACCCAUUUCUACUUCUGUUACCGCUGGUUCCUGCUGGAUUUUAAGAGAGAGCUGCUAUAUGAGGAUGUGUUUGCUGUGUGGGAGGUGAUCUGGGCGGCCCAGCACAUCUCAUCAGAGCACUUUGUCCUAUUCAUUGCCCUGGCCCUGGUGGAGGCUUACCGUGAGAUUAUCCGUGACAACAACAUGGACUUCACCGACAUCAUCAAGUUCUUCAAUGAACGAGCUGAGCAUCACGAUGCCCAGGAGAUCCUGCGGAUUGCCCGGGACCUCGUCCACAAGGUGCAGAUGCUCAUAGAGAACAAGUGAGGGCCAGGAGGCAGCAGCCAGCCAGAGCCUAGGCUCCUGGCCCUGGGCUCCGCGGGGAGAGGUGCAGGGGCGCACAGCAGAGACUGCCCCACCUCUCAGCCAACCCUGCCUGCCCAGCUGUGUUCCUAACAAAGUGUGAGCCUGGGAUCCGACUCCGGGCAGUUCUAGCCCUGAAGAGCAAGUCAGGGGCCAGGGUACCCUCAGGUCAGGGCCAGGAGGGGAAAGGGCAGCCUCAGGGAGCAGCUGACCUGGGGAACACCUACUCUGCUUCCCUCUCAAACACCUGGAAAUAGCCCCACUGCCCCUGCAGCCUCAGCCUGAGUGCCCCAUGCUCUCUCCUGGGUCAGCCUGGGGCCUUGUAGAGUCACCAGGGCUAUAGAUGCCUGGGCCCCACUGGUGAGAGUUGUGUGAGACAAGGGGACUCUGUUGUAUUUCUUCUGAUAGUCCCUUCGUAGGCCCAGUGCAUGUGUGUGCACCAAUCCCAGUCGGGGCAGCCAGAAUGGCUGCGAGUUUGGGCGUGUUUCCUGGGCCACCUUCCAGGCCCUCCUCUGAGACUGUGGGGCAGAGCAGCCCACUUCAGCAGCACUGCCACUGCCUUUGGCCACCUGAGGUGACCCCAUGCCCUCCCCUAGUCCAUACAGUGCACCCACGUGUAUCUGUACAGUCUCACUCCUGCCACCUUGCUCUUGCUUUAUGCAUUAGAUGCAUCCCUGAAAACUGUAUACAUGACACUUUGCCAGCCGGAGGAUCUGGAAUGUGGUUGGAGCACUACCUCUCAAGAGGAAUCGCAGAUGAUUCCUUAGGGAGGGGAUCCUGUCACAGCCUCUUCUCAAAGGUGGCCCCAAAACUUGGGGGCAGCUCAUCAUCUAUCCCAGGCAUCCGCUGAGUCCUAAGGCUGGAAGGAGUAGGUGCCUGGGUCUCCCUUGUUUGCUGCUGGUGAAAAGCAAGGUUAGCUCUGCCUUCCACAUGCUUCUCAGGAUGUCCAGAGGCCUAAGGACCCAGAAACCCCUAUGGAAGAGCCUCACUCAUGAGGGGGAGGUGUUAUGCUGCUUGUUCUGCCAUCCCCACCCCCACCCCCACCACAUGCAGGCUGGGCCUUGCCCCAGGGCCAGGAGGCUACUCUGCCACAGGGGCUGGGGCCUGCCCAGCAACCACUAAGGUCUUGAGACUUCCUGCAUUAAGAAACAAAAAAAGGACCCAGCAGCCUUUUUGCAUCCAGCACAGCCCCCCAGCCCACCCCUGUCCCAGGCACUGCACGGCCUGUUUGGGGGCCAGCCCGCCCCAUUGCCCACUCUGUUGUCUUUGAGUCCUCAGCCUCCACCAAGCAUGGUGGCCAUUGUGUGCCUGCCUUAGUGACUCAGUGGUUUUGUGAGGAGCAGAGUGUGUAUGAUUUUUGGCUCAGAAACUAUACUCUUCAGUGUAACAAACCAAUAAACAGCAUUUGGCAAUG